AGUGUGGUCAUGUGAUGCGUUGUUUGGAGCCGAAACCCGGAAGUGGCAGUGUCAGAUACGUCGGGGGCAGCGGCUCGGAGGUUCUGUCGGGAGAGUGCUGAAGCCCGGCUGCCAUGUGGCGGCCUCACUCCUGGUGGAGCGCGGUCCGGCUAAAGCUCCGCAGAGGUGACCAGCCUCCCUACCUGAGCGAUGACGCCGGCUUUGACUACCCGGAUGAGGUGGCAGCGGAGGACGAGCUGCCCCGCUUCAACAAGCUGCGGGUUCUGGUUGCCGAUGAUGCCCCAGCCAUUAAUGGCGGCCCCCUGGCCCUGUCCUCCGAUGAUGACUCAUUGCUGGAACGAGAUGCCCCGCAGUCCCGGGCCGAGCCGUGCGAUGGCUGCCGCCAGGAGCGGGAGCGGAGGAAGCAGAGCAUGGUGAAGAGGAGGCUGGGGCUGGCGGCGGUCCUCUACCUUCUCUUCAUGGUGGGCGAGCUGAUCGGUGGGUAUGUUGCCAACAGCCUGGCGAUCAUGACGGAUGCACUUCAUAUGCUUACUGAUCUGAGCAGUAUUAUCCUGACUUUACUUGCACUGUGGUUGUCCGCAAAGUCUCCAAACAAGCGUUUUACAUUUGGAUUCCACCGCUUAGAGGUUCUGUCGGCCAUCAUCAGUGUGUUACUGGUGUACGUUCUCACAGGAUUUUUGCUUUAUGAAGCAGUUCAGAGAACAAUUCACAUGGACUACAGCAUUAAUGGAGAUGUAAUGCUGAUAACGGCGGCUGUCGGUGUUGCGGUGAACCUCAUAAUGGGAUUUUUGUUGAAUCAGGCGGGACAUCCUCAUUCACACUCUCAUGGUGGCCCUACAAACCCACCCCCCACUGCUCAUGGCCACAGUCACAGUAGCCUGGCAGUACGAGCCGCAUUUGUACAUGCGCUGGGAGACCUUGCUCAAAGUGUUGGUGUACUCAUUGCAGCAUAUAUCAUUCGUUUUAAGCCAGAAUACAAGCUUGCAGACCCCAUCUGUACCUACGUAUUUUCCGUACUCGUCCUGUUCACCACAGUGCGCAUUGUAAGAGACACUGUACUAAUUAUACUUGAAGGCGUUCCAAAACACCUUAAUGUGGAUCAAAUUAAAGACGACUUGAUGAAAAUAGAUGAUGUGCAUUCAGUAGAAGACCUUAAUGUCUGGUCCCUGACAACAGGAAAGUCCACUGCCAUAAUCCGUUUACAGCUCAGUCCAGGGUCCUCAUCGAAGUGGGAAGAAGUGCAAAACAAAGCCAGACAGAUCCUUCUCAAUACAUAUGGGAUGUACAAGUGCUUUAUCCAAAUGCAGAGCUACAGCCGAGAAGAGAACACAACAUGUGCUAACUGUUCCAGUGCCUAAGUCCUGUGGCUUGCUGCCUUACCGCACACUCCAGAUUACAGCAAUAUCUCUGACCUAGAAACCUGUCUGAGGAAGUGAUGGUGUAUUGUUGCAAUACACAUCGACAGAAGCACACUUUUGUAUUAGAACCUGGGGUUCUUAGAAUCUGUCUGAAGAAAGGAGGAAUGCUCCAUUGUGGACUAACAGACCAAUUUUGAAGUGCUGUUUACAGAUUUAAGCAAGUUUGCACAUACCUCAGACCUAGGGUGACAAAAAUAAAGCCCUGCCCUGAGGACACAAAGUACACUUUGGCGGUAAUCCUAUCAAGUCACUAGCUUUAUUGAUCCUGUGGUUUGACUUUAUUUAAUAGAACAUGGUUGUUUAGAUUUACAUAGCGGCAUCUAGAGGUUAGUACAUAAGAGCACGCAAUCCCACCCUACAUAAAGUUCAUGUGCCUCUGAAAAGAGAGCAAAUCAAGCAAGAGCCUGUAUACAACUUCAGUCCAGGGCAUGCACUCCAUAAAUUGCUACACGAAACAGGUUAAUAAUAGUUUUAUAGCCUCAAGAGGACACGAUCAUAAAGUCUUUAUGGGACCCUUUUGUCCUAGUUUUUCUGUUAGCAAUGGUACCACACCCCUACUGGGCUCUGUUACGAGUUUCGUGGUGUAUAUAUUAACUACAUUUAGAUUUUUAUUCUUGCGAGUGAAUCAAUGCAACAGCAGGAAAUGAAGCUUGUAAUGUCUUCUGCAACAGUGUUGUUGAACUUUGCACUUUUCCACUGCUGUUGAUAUACCGACAAUGAGACAGACCCUAAGGUGCUGUAGCUUGUUGUACCACUACAGUAGCGAUAAAGCAGAUCAGACAUAUCGGUGUUAGGCCUCAUGAACACGGCCGUGCCGUUUUUUUGCGGUCCGGAUCUGCAAAAAAUGGAAGCCGCCCGUGUUGCCUUCCGCAAUUUACAGAAUGGAAGCCGGCAAUUUAAAUGACUAUUUUUGUCCGCAAAGUGCGGACAAGAAUAGGACAGGUUAUAUAUAUAUAUUUUUUUUUUUAGCGGGGCCGCAGAACGGAGCCACGGAUGCGUACAGCACACUGAGUGCUGUCCGCAUCUUUUGCGGCCCCAUUGAAGUGAAUGGGUCCGCAUCCGAUGAACAACGGUCGUGUGCAUGAGGCCUUAAAAUGCAGAUUUCUCGACCAGGAAAGCACAUACAGUCUAUAUGGCUUGUAACAAGGGUAUUUCUUAUACUGAGUUGGAAGUUUAUAAUGCUAAUUUACUUGGCCACUAAGUGGCGCUGUUCUGAGUUAAUGAAUAUUUCAUUUUACCCUUCUAGAGCAAGUAACAUGGCUGCUCACACUUAUUAGUACGGGAAAAUAUGCUGCAAAUGUAAAUAACUUGUGCCCAUAUUUCUAAAGCGUGGACACCUUAAUGCAAAUAAAAGCACAUCUCCGUAUAUUGUGCCAGUCUAAAUAAGGACAGUGUUAUACCCGGCUGGAAGGAAUGUUUGUUUCUCAAGUGUGUGACAGGUUCUAGCCAGUAACUAUAAUAGUAUAUAGAUCCCCUGGAUUUUACACACUGGAUGUACGGGCAGGGGAUACAAAUGGAUGGCAACAUAAAAUGCCGCAAGUAUUUCAUCGAAGGUAUUUGGAGAAGCUAUCACCACUCUGGACAUGUCCAUUUUAGUAAGCUCUACUAUAUAUAAUAACAAUUCUGGAGCAUCUUUUCUUAGAACUCUGCUUAACUGUUCCUCUGUUAAUUCCUCCUAGAAAUGUAUAUUGACAACUGGGUGUUGGAAGUGCGUCCCUAAAGUCUGACACUUUUGCAAUCAGUGCUGCCAAUGUCAUACUGUGUAGAGACGACACUCUUGUUGGUUGAUCAUAUGCAGAGAGAUGAGAACAAUUAUCCAGAAUUUUUAGUUAAGGGGGAAUUUACUAAAGACGUCAGGAGAAUUCAGAGGACAUUUUUUGUAUGUGCAUUGUAACUGAUACAGCAGGCUGUUCUCUUGUUAAACGAGGCCUCCCAUCUUCAUCGAAACCCAAAUCUCUAAAUGCACAGUACAUGUGUAUGGAGUGAUUGGUCAUGCAGAUAAAACACGAUUAUUGAAAUUUGUUACUUUUAAUAGAUUGUAUCAGUAAUUACUGGUAAAUGUUCUUCCGCUUGCAACAGAUCUACGAUGUAAUAAUUUUGAAAUUUGUACUUGAAAAUUGCUGACAUUUCUGUAACGAUGGAAAGGAUGGUAUAGAAGCUGCAAAAUAAAGCGUGUUAUAAUAAAGUUGUUACUUGGA